AUGUCACACUGGUCUAACCCUCAAGGCCCUCCAUCGAUACACGACAACGAUGGGUACCUCCGCACUACAGCACCUACUUCACAUUCACGACAUGCAUCCAAUACUUCUUCGGGCUACCCUGGAUCGACGACGACCUCUCCUCAAGCACAAAGACAUGGACCAGAGCUUCUGCCUCCAAGAGGACUUGAGCUUCCCCCACUUGUGAGGACUCCUGUAUCUCCAUCUGUACCUCGAUCCGUCACACUACCUUCGGUCCUCAAUCCUGUCACUGAUGAGACUUCCAUGUCUAUCCAACGCAGGAGGAAAGCGGACGAGAUCGAUUCACCACUUGACAGGGCUCCCACACUGCCUCCUCUAGGCGCAACAUCUCAAGGACCUACCUCGUUGUCUAGACCGGGGAGCAACACUCCGCUGCCUCUCCUCACAGAACCAUUGACCAGUGCUCCCAGAAAGAUGCUUACACCUAAAUCUCCUCUUCGCAGAGCUAUCAGUCUGUCUCACCUCAACCCUCCCAAUGGUGUUGUGGAUGCUCAGCAAAACCCUUUUCCUGUAUCUCCUCGUUCUAGACCUUACGCAGUUCAACCUGGAACAAGCGGUGCUCCUCCUCUUCCUGCUCCGCCAGCCAUCAGCUAUGCACAUCAGGGAUACAUGCAGACGAACCAUCCCAUAAGGACAGUCAGCCCUGAGUCUGGUUCGGCUCAACGCUAUAGUGCCAGUCCUAGUCCUGAUUACUCGGCAUACGACCAAACUUCUCCUGGUGAAGCGCAUGCAUCUGGGUAUCUUUCAGUGUCUGAUGCUCAUAGAGCUAGAGGAUUGAGCAUGACUCCCAGCGCUUCAGCACCGCACGUCUCAGAUUCGUAUCACGUCGGCCUCAGCGGUUCUGGAUCUAAUUCUGUUCAAAUGAUGACGCUUAAGACCACCGAAGGAGAUGUUCGCUUUCCCGUUGAUGUCCAGGCAGCGUCUCGUGUGGCAGACGAGAAGAGACGUCGAAACGCUGGUGCAAGUGCAAGGUUUCGUGAACGUCGCAAGAGAAAGGAGAUGGAAGCUUCCCAGACUAUCGCGAGACUCGAGCAGCAAGUCAAGGAUAUGACCGAGGAUGCCGACUUCUACAGACAGGACAGAGAUGUGCUCGCUUCCAUCGUAUCGCAAUUCCCGGGAGGCCGCGAACACCUUCCUCGCCCUCAAUCGCCUAGAGCAAGGAGGAAUGGUAGCGGGUCUGCCCAAACGAACCAAGGCCACUAUGCCGAGGCUCAGAGACACAGCCCUGAACCGAUCAGAAAUGUUCGUAAGCGUGGCGAUUCGCCUGUUCCGCAGACAUACGUACAAGCAGCAGCGCAGAGUCAGGCACCUCCGCCACCGCCUCCAGCAAAUACGAUGAUGGCCCAACACCACAUUCAACCCCAUCACAACCAGAUGCCGGCUCGCACCGCCCAAGUUUCGUCUCUGCCGCCACCUUCCAUGGCUCAUGCCGCAAUGCCUGCGUCGAAUAUCCAUCCGCCACCACCUCCAUCUAUCAUGCAGGCCCCUCCGAUGACUGGACCAGUCAACCCUUACGCACGCCAUGAGACCGGCAUUCGUUUCCUGCCGCCUCACGGUCGUUAA